AUGCUCAAUAAGCGGGAUGAGUUGGAAACGUGGGUUGCCGAACAUGCCCCAGUGAUGACAGCCUUAGCAGAGACGUGGCUAUAUCAGGUGUCUGACGCUGAAAUUCCACUCGUAGGAUACAGCAUGUUUCGUACUCAGAGUGUGGUGCGAAGUGAAGGUGGGGCGGGCCGGGUACUGACAGUCGGACCGGUGUACAGAGCCCCUUCAGACAAUGUUCAGAAUAUUCUGCACAGCAUCCGGCGUUGGACCACAGGCGGACGUUGCUUACUUUUGGGAGAUUUCAACGCUCCCAAUAUCGACUGGAAGGCCGCAGUAUGUGGUUAUCGUGAGGGAACGUUUGAACGGCAGCUACAUGAGUUGUUGGAAUUCCUCUCAUUCUACCAACAUUUGCGGGAUCCUACACGAUUCCAGGGGAGUUCGGCGUCGGGGCUAGACCUUGUCAUAUCACCGAGACGAUUAGACGUGGUAGAUAUGGUUCGUCUGAUCCCAUCGGAUCAACAGCGUCCCAAUGUGUGGAAGAUGCAAAACGAGGAAUUGCGAGCGGCUGCUCAGUCCGCCCAGUGGCCGGUCCCACAUCUGUUUGUCGACGGAAAACACAUCGGGGGUGAAGUGGAAAUAAAACGACUUCAUGAAAGCGGACAACUGAAGACAAUUAUCGAACAAGCUGGACAACGUGAAGUACCUCUACAAAAGCCGGAAUUCUCCUCCUAG